AAAGGUUGUUCAACCUACGUAAAAUUAAAAUGGAAUGUUGUGUUGUUAAUGUUUAAAACCUUAGAAGUUAAUUUCAGAUUUAUUAGGAUGUAAUAAGAAAGAUAUGAUUAAAUGUUGAACUUAGUUAUGAAUGAAUUGUUCCAAAAUGCUGACAUUAUGAAUCAACAAGCAGGGUUGUUAAUCGUCCUGGUCAAUACUUCCCAAGUGGUCAAUACUGGUCAAUUGUGAUUUAAACUGUCCAUUUUCCCAUUUUUGGUACAUUUCUUGCAAAGAUAAAGAUGAAUGAAGUUUUUUCAUUAUUUGGAUCAAUUGUUGAUUAAUACUUUUCAUUAGAUAAUUAAAUGUAAUUUCAUAAGUUUAAUACAUUUGGUUUGCUGAAACUGUGACCGAAAUAUCUUCAUUACUAUACUAGAGGGUCACAGAUAGCAUAGCUUAGCAAUUGAAGACAGACCUGUUCAUACGUGUACAGAUGAAGAAUAACAGGUAGCUGGACAUUACCUGAGAACAGGAAGCAGAGCUGUUAACAGGUGUUAAUUGGCAUACUCUGGGACCAGAAGAUGACCAGUGUGCAUGUUAAUUGUUAUAAAAACAUCACCAAUCCACCCUCCUAAAUGUUUAUUCAACAGUUACUAGGAAGAUAUGAAAUAAUAGAAGUCAGAAAUAUGUCCAUACAAGCUGCCUUGGAGGAUCUUCACAAAGAUGUAAAGAAAAGGAGCCUGCCUGAUCUUUUGGAUCGUGACUUUGUAAAUGUAUCAGGAUGUGAAAGUGAGGUGACUGUCAUGCAGUGGAAUGUAUUGGCCCAGGCAUUGAGUGGUGGAGAUGAUAAUUUUGUUCUAUGUCCACCUGAGGCCCUUUCAUGGGAAAAUCGACAACUACGCAUUUUAGAGGAGAUAUAUCGCAUUUCUCCCAGCAUUUUAUGCAUGCAGGAAGUUGAUUGCUUCUCAUUCCUGGAGAAAAAAUUAAAACCACUGGGAUAUGAUGGAAGGUGGGUGCAGAAACCCCACUCACCAUGCAUGGAAAUGGAGGGCAACAUGGGACCAGAUGGAUGUGCAUUAUUCUACCUUAAAGACAAACUCCAGAUGAUGGAUACUCAACAUGUUAAUCUUAAAGAAAAUGGUAAGGCAACAAAUCAGACUGCCCUUGUCUGUAAAUUGAAAGUCAAGGACAAUGGACACAUGCUCUAUGUGGCAGUUGUUCAUCUUAAGGCCAAGUCAGGCUUUGAGAAUCUUAGGCAUAAGCAGGGAAAAUACUUGCUUGAUUAUCUGAUGAAGGAGGCAAGAUCUGAACCCAUCAUCGUGUGUGGUGACUUCAAUGCGAGUCCAAAGGAGCCAGUGUACCAGGACUUCACAAACAGUGACCUGGAACUGAGGAGCGUGUACAAGACUGCAUUGUCCGAGAAGACGGAACCCAAGUACACCACCUGGAAGAUCCGGGCAGGUACAGAUGGCAAGAACACAGAGAGCUGUAAGACUAUAGACUACAUCUGGAUCAGAGGAAACCUGAAGCUAACAGCAAUUCUUAGCAUACCAGAGGAUGCCUCAAUAGGCCCAGAUCGUUUGCCUAGCUAUAAGUACCCAUCAGACCAUUUUGCUCUAGCCUGCAAACUAGUGUUCGCUUAAAUUUUCUAGAUAUCUAAUACAAGAAAUAUUUUAUAACUCCACAUUCCAUCAGUAUUUCACAAUUAUUUAUUUUAACCUUAUGAUGAUAUUAUUACAUAUUUUGUACAAUAUUCAUAGCAUAGUUUUAGAAUAUGUAAAUAUUCAUAGUUCUUUUUAUGUAUCUUCAUUAAGUAGCACCUUACCUUAUAGAGAUUCCUUCAUUUGAAGGGAAAAAAUAUGAAAGUAUGAAAAUUCUUUUUAAAAAAAUUAAAAAUAUAUCUUUCAAUAUUUUGUGUCAAUUUUAUCACUUUAUGACAAAAUUUAACCAAAUGUUUUGUUUUGAACAUCUUGUACAUAAAUACUGGGGAAAAGAAACAAGUGUUUCCACCUUAAGAUUUUUCUGCUAUCAGCAUGGAAUUACAACAAAUAAGCAGUCCAAUGUAUUUCCUGAUACACAAGGUGUUUUUUAAUGUCAUAAUUGCUUGCUUAAAUUAUUCAGUGACAGAUUUAAGGGUGACAUAUGCCUCACUCCCCCUUGCUGACUGAGUAUAGUAUAAUAUGCAUCUACAUGUAUAAUAUUAUCAUUCCAAACUAUACAUAAUUAUUUUAUUUUAUCAAGUACUUAUUUUAAAAUAAUUAAUAUAAAUAGAUUCAAGAAUACAAUUCCUGAUUUGUGAUGCUUAGCAUUCAUUCAUCAUCGGAAAACACAUCAACCCUUUCCGUCAGAGCCCCAACCGGGAAAUUCUGUGUAGCCAUUUUCAGGGAUUUUCCAGACUUCAAAAUAAUCAUCUAUGACAACCCUUUGAUAAUUCCAGCAUCUGCCCAAUAUUAAAUUGAUAACUGCAGAUUUUUGCAACAAAUUCACAAGAAUUGUGAUGAAUUCGAAGCUAUUAUUUGUUCCUACAUAUUUUCAACCAACGAAGAUGAUGAAAACAUGGCUAAUGCAAUUACAUGCAUUAAUUUCCUAGUAUUGAAUGAGUACUUCAUUUUUUAUGCACUAUGAAUAGUUCAGCAUUUGUUGUCAUCACACCUGAUUUCUUUUUGCAGUGAAUAAACAGUCUCCUGAUGUC